AUGGAAGACAUUACUACCUUUUUUGAUGAUCCUCCGCCUAGAUCUCGAUAUGCAUUUAUUUCAGGUUACACAUGUGAUGAUUCAGAAGAACAUUUCUUAAUUCUUGCAAUUACUUGUGGCUAUUCAUUAAUGAAAGUUAGUCCGAAUUAUGAUAGAGUACUUUUAAUUCCUACAACAAUGGAUAUUCCAAAAUCAAAAUUAAAAAUACUAAAAAGCAUUUGGACACAUAUAGUCAGACGCCCCUAUAUUAAAUGGCCGGAUGGAUACAAAGAUAAAACACAAAGAGAUACAGCAUUUUGGUUUAAAUUAAACGCUUGGAGUGUUACUGGAUGGGAAAAACUUCUUUGGACAGGUACAGAUGUCAUAUUCAGAAGAGAUCCAUCAACAAUAUUUAAAUAUCCCGCUCCUACAUCAAUAAUUGAUCAUUUCGUUUACGGAUUUUCUCAUUUAGGGCCAGUAACUAAUGGAGAUUUCAUUAUGUUCAAACCAUCACUACGUGAUUUUGCCGGAAUGAAGCUUCUAGGCAUGAAUUGGAGUCGAAAUCCAGAUGAAUACGGUUUUAAGCUUCAAAAGCAGGGAGCAUCGUGGACAGGACCUCAUGAUCAAGGUCUUAUUUCUCAAUAUUUUGAUGGAAAUAUCACAGUUGCUCCACAAUGGUACCAAUUAGAAGUUCCUGGCAAUCCACAGUCAAUAUUAGGCUAUAACAACACUGAAACGCCAGAUCCUCGUGUUGUUUCUUUCCAUUAUCCAUCUCUUUUCAAGCCUUGGAAAAAUAAUAUUGGUCCAUAUUCAAAUGCAUGGGCCAAUGUUGCUCAGGAAGCCUUAAAUUCAAUUAAUUUCACGUAUAAUCUCAAAAGACAUGGAUUUCCUCCAACAGCAACUGUUCAUCCGAAUUUGCAGUUCACAUAUGAACGACCAAUGCCUGCUUUACCGGCCAAAUACCCUUAUUUGACCGAAAGUGAUGAAGGACUUGAUGUUUCCCUGAUUUUCCCUGAAACUUUAUUUGAAAGAAGGGCUCUUGUCAGAAAGAUUGCAUUUGGAUGUUUGACAUUCCUCGCAACGCUUGCCAUUCUCCUUAAAACAUACUUUGAUUCCAAAUUUGCUUAUGUUCAACUUAGCAAAUAA